CUGUGGCAGGUUCCUCCACACUUUCUCGGGAAGUAGAAGCUGAGUUUCCGUCCCUGCUCCGGCCGCACUGGAUCCUCCCCUUGGCAGUUGCUCUCCCCAGUCCUGCCCGCCCCUUCCCUUUGCUCAUAUGCCCCUCUCCCAGCAGCUUCACUGCAAACAACUCCAGUCCAGGCAGCUCUGCUUCACCCAACAGCCCUGAGCGGCCCCUCUAACAUGGCAGCAAAAUGUGGAGCGUGUGGCCCAGGAUAUGCAACUCCUCUGGAUGCCAUGAAAGGUCCCCGGGAGGAGAUUGUGUACCUGCCUUGCAUCUACAGGAACACUGGGGUAGAGAAGCCUGACUACCUGGCCACUGUGGAUGUUGAUCCCAAAUCUCCACACUAUUGUCAGGUGAUCCAUCGCUUGCCCAUGCCCAAUCUGAAUGAUGAGCUCCAUCAUUCAGGGUGGAAUGCCUGUAGCAGCUGCUUUGGGGAUGCCACAAGGAGAAGGAAUCGUCUGAUUCUGCCAAGUUUGAUCUCUUCUCGAAUUUAUGUGGUGGAUGUGGGGACGGACAUGCGAGCUCCUAGAAUCCAUAAGAUUGUUGAGCCAGUGGAGUUACACCAGAAGGGUAACGUGGGUAAUCCUCACACCUCUCAUUGUCUGGGCAAUGGUGACAUCUUAAUCAGCUGUUUGGGAGACCCUUCUGGCAAUGGAAAAGGUGGCUUUGUUUUGCUGGAUGGAGAGACCUUCAAAAUUAAAGGAAAUUGGGAGAAUGGGAAGAAGGUGCCUCCCCUGGGUUACGACUUCUGGUACCAGCCACGACACAAUGUCCUGCUGAGCACUGAAUGGGGAACCCCAAAAGCCUUGGCAAAUGGGUUUAACCCAGCUGAUGUAGAGAAAGGGCAUUAUGGCAGGCACAUUAACGUGUGGGACUGGAGCACUCACACCUGCAUUCAGGCAAUUGACUUAGGGAAGGGCUCCGUGCCUUUGGAGAUCCGAUUCCUCCACGAUCCGGAUGCUGCAGAAGGGUUUGUGGGAUGUGCUCUGAGUAGUGAAGUGUAUCGGUUCUACAAGACAGAGAAAGGAGACUGGGCAGCAGAGAAGGUGAUUGAAGUUCCCAGCAAGAAGGUGCAGGGAUGGCUUCUCCCUGACAUGCCUGGUCUUAUUACUGACAUCCUCAUCUCGCUGGACGACAGGUUCCUGUAUUUCAGCAACUGGCUGCACGGAGACAUCCGCCAGUACGACAUCUCCAACACCCGCAAGCCCAAGCUGGUGGGGCAGGUGUUUCUGGGAGGCAGCAUCACAAAAGGUGGGCCUGUAACUGUAGUGGAAGACAAGGAAUUGCAGUGUCAGCCAGAGCCAUUUGUGAUCAAAGGGAGGAGGGUGCAAGGUGGACCUCAGAUGCUUCAGCUUAGUUUGGAUGGGAAGAGAUUAUAUGUCACCAGCUCUCUCUACAGUGGAUGGGACAAGCAGUUCUACCCAGAUCUUGUCAAGGAAGGCUCUGUUAUGCUGCAGAUUGAUGUGGAUAAUGAAAGAGGUGGAUUGCAAGUGAAUAAAAACUUCCUAGUGGAUUUUGGGAAGGAACCUGAUGGGCCUGCCCUAGCUCAUGAGAUUCGUUACCCUGGUGGAGACAAUACCUCUGAUAUCUGGAUCUAAUAGUUGUCUGGAGCUGGUUUCAGGGGUUUUGUUGUUGUUGCUGGGGUUUGGGGGGGUUGUGUUUGGGUUUUUUCCCCUCUUUCUCCUUCUCACUCCUCUUUACCCUCCACUUCUCUUUCUUAAAGGUGAAUGGGGUCAACUGGAACUUUGUCCACUGUCUAUAUUUAGACUUUCAUUGGGGUGAGCCACAGAAGCUCCACUUUCUUCUCAUUCUGAGGCAGCCAAGUGAAUCUCUCUGAAACAUGAUCUACAGCUCAUUUUCUCUACUCCUUCCCCUUUCACAAGGUCCUGUGUAAUCACUGUUGACUGUUGGUUUCAAGGCCGAGGUCACCAGCUUUUUGCUUUGUUUUGCCUUGUUUCAUGCUAAUUUGCCUUGCCACUGUUUGUUGAUGAAGAAGCUGUUCCUAAAUAGCUCCAUAGGAAGGAUACAUUCCAUGGGCUUGUCCCUGAGCAAGAGUGUUCUGUCCCUGCAAAGCUUAAUUUGCUCAUAAAGUAAUCAUUGCUCUACAGCAGACACAGCAUAAAAAUCAUACAUAUCUAUCUAACCUGAAGCCACACGCUUCUGGACUUGGGUUAUAUUUUAACAUCUGUGCACUGAUGUUAUAAAAAUACAACAAUAAAAGCAUUCUUCAAGCCAAA